AUGAGAGAGGUCAAUUUCAGCAUCCCGAACGCCAAUAAGGCUUCGGUCGGCAUCACCACCGCCCUCUACGACCGCCGCGCGCUCGACUGCACCUCCACCCUCCCCCUCAUCAACUCGCUCAACCAUCUCGCAUACCUCACCACAUCGUCUGCCCGCAUUCGGGAUAUCCUCACCGUCGAUGGCGGCGUCGAACGACUGGUAUGCAUUCUCAAAGAGGGGCGGAGUAAAGAUAUGAUGGAUAUGUGGAAGUGGAAUCUUGCAUUUCAAUGCGUUUUUAACAUUGGUGUUCGUGGCACGGAGAACGUCAGGACACGAGUGGUAGAGGCCGACAUGGUCCCUGUCAUCGCCACGAUACUCGACAACUACGUCAAAGUCAUCGACAAGUGCCGGGAAAAGGCAGAGGCCGAGUUGAAGAGGAAUUCUGCGAGACUUGGCACUUCGUCGAGACAUCACUUCUCCCGCUCCGACCACGUUGGCUCGUCUUCUGGCCACCGCUCAGAACGGACUCGACGCCAUGCACCUCCUCCCAUCGAGAUUCCGCAGACCUUCACGCAACCUCCGCUCGAGUCACAGCCAGGAGACGUUACCCCCACUCCUGCUUUUGCCAUGAGCUCUCCUCCUGAACGAACCACUUUCACACGGCCCAAUACCCUCCACAAUCACCGAAGUCAGGAAGGCAGGGCACAGCUCUUUGGCACCAUCGGUGGGCAGACUCGCAACAUUGGUCAGCCAUUGGUCAGUGCUUUGCCGAAUAUGGAAACUGGAGAGACGUUCGGGAUCAGGCCUGUUCGGGACGUUGACCGUCUCCCUUCUAUGCUCCCGGCACUUCAAGGAGAGAUCACUUCACAGCCAGAGUCCCCCACAACUCCAAGUGCGGCCAGGCCCACCAGCCCCCGGGCUUUGGGAGCUGGCAGAUCUCGGAGACGGCCAUCGAUUCGCCAUCAGCUGUCGAUGUCUGGCGAGUCCGACGAUGGUCAGAACGAUGACAUGAUGGCAGACGCAUCUGCUACCGCUGGCCCGGCGAGCGAGCCUAUCGUUGGUAUCCAAAACGAGAUCAAUAUGCAGGACAUUGUGGACAACGAGGAGAUGCUGGACGCAGGGGCUACCCCAGUUGGACUUGCUGCACCCCCUUCGGAGGGGCCCGACGCAGACACUUUCAACAUCACUCACCGCUCCGCUCUAGAUGGCAGCAUCAUCAACCCCGCAAACACUCAACCGACAGGUGCUAUUAGCUUCUCUCCCGUGCAGCCAACCAUUAAUGUUGCCAAUGCGAACCCCCCAGCAGCUCCGUGGUAUCCACGCUAUGCUCAAGAUCGCAAUGCAACGGCCGGAGUGCUUGCGGCCAUGCCUAGAGAUGAGGACGUUCUGAUGUCCCUCCAGCUCUUGGCGUACAUCUCCAAGUAUUGCUACCUUCGCUCGUACUUCCAAAAGUCUCACCUCGUGCCAAAACUAAAGAUUGGGUCUGAUUUACAACUUCUCGAUGGUGAAACGUGUGCUGCUCCAGCGGUGUCAGAAGAAGAUGAGGAUGAGGAAUACCUUCUCCCGGAUGACUUCAACAUUUUUCCUCUGGUCGAGAAGUUCACGGUCCGACACCACUCCCAGGAUAUGCAAUACUGGGCUGGUGUUGUAAUGAGGAACUUAUGCCGGAAAGACGACUCUCGCGGUGGAAUCCGACAAUGUGCAUACUACCACAAAGAGUGUCAAAAGAGCGCUUGGGUUUUCCAUAGGCAUUGGUGUGUAGCAGCUCAACAGUGA